AUGCACAAUGAAACAUUACAUACUCGAGAUUAUUUAACUGAAUUCGGCACCAAUGAUUAUCUGAGUGCAUAUACACGCUUUAAAACUAUUCCAUGGUUUAUGGAACAUAUCAAAGGAUUGGUACGUGUUUUUGUUAACAAUAGUUCUCAUCUUGGUAAUGAACGAGCUCUUGAAUUUGGUGGUGGACCAACUCUUGUCUCAUCUUUUGUACUUGCACAAUAUGUUCAAUCGAUAACAUUUUCUGAGUAUGUACCAAACAAUUUGAAAGCAGUAAAUGAUUGGAUAAAUCAAGUUGACGGUGCUUUUGACUGGACUAAUGUGUUUAACUUUAUUAUCGAACAAUAUCAUCAACAGACAGGCAUCACGCUUUCAUUAUCAGAAUGCGAACAACGUUUACGUACAGGUCUUCAACGAGGAGGUGUUCUACGAAUUGCUGACGUGAAUGAACAAUCUGGAUGUUCUGUACUUGAUAAUCCAGAUAAUUACAAUCAAUUUGAUAUUAUUCUUAGCUCCUUCUGUCUCGAAGAUGCUUGUCUUACAAAAGAAACAUACGAAAAGACUGUCGAGCGACUAUGCAUGCUACUAAAACCGGGUGGUUUUCUUGUUUUAGCACAUGGACGAAAUCAAACAUUUUACUACGUCAAUGAUAAACGCUUUUUUGCUCAAUAUAUGAAUGAACAAUCUGCACGAGAGACACUGGAGAGAAUGAACUUAAUCAAUAUUCAAACUUCAGCUGUCGACCGAACACCUAAUGAAUACAGUGAUUCAGAUGGGUAUUUUAUUGCAUGUGGAUAUAAAAAGAAAUAA